UGGCACUCUGAGCUCGGGGCUGGGUCCCACCCAGGAAGCACUUCCCUCCCCCCUUGGCACCUCUGUCCCUGGCAGGCAGCCCUCACCAGCGCGCCCGCCCGGGUGACGUCCCUGCAGGUCAUGGAGUUGGUGGCCGGGAACCUCAGCGAGGGGAACGCGAGCGGCCCCCAGCCCCCCACCCCGGACCCGCCGCCGCAGCUCUUCGGCUUUGGCACGGAGAACUUCAUCACGCUGGUGGUGUUUGGCCUGAUCUUCACGCUGGGCGUGCUGGGCAACAGCCUGGUGAUCAUCGUGAUGGCGCGCAGCAAGCCGGGCAAGCCGCGCAGCACCACCAACCUGUUCAUCCUCAACCUGAGCGUCGCCGACCUGGCCUACCUGCUCUUCUGCAUCCCUUUCCAGGCCACGGUGUACGUGCUGCCCUCCUGGGUGCUGGGCGCCUUCAUCUGCAAGUUCACCCACUACUUCUUCACGGUGUCCAUGCUGGUCAGCAUCUUCACGCUGGUGGCGAUGUCCGUGGACCGGUACGUGGCCAUUGUGCACUCCAGGCGCUCCUCCUCCCUGCGGGUGUCCCGCAACGCGCUGCUGGGCAUGGGCUGCAUCUGGGCGCUGUCCAUCGCCAUGGCCUCCCCGGUGGCCUACCACCAGCGCCUCUUCCACCGGGAGUCUGGCAACAACGGCAACCUGACCUUCUGCUGGGAACAAUGGCCCGACCAGCACCACAAGAAGGCUUACGUGGUGUGCACCUUUGUCUUUGGCUACCUGCUGCCCCUGCUGCUCAUCUGCUUCUGCUAUGCCAAGGUUCUUAAUCAUUUGCAUAAAAACUUGAAGAACAUGUCGAAGAAGUCAGAGGCAUCAAAGAAAAAGACGGCACAGACGGUCCUGGUUGUGGUCGUGGUCUUCGGGAUCUCCUGGCUGCCGCAUCAUGUCAUCCACCUGUGGGUCGAGUUUGGGGUCUUCCCGCUAACUCCCGCGUCCUUCAUCUUCCGCGUCACAGCGCACUGCCUGGCCUACAGCAACUCCUCCGUGAACCCCAUCAUCUAUGCCUUCCUCUCCGAGAACUUCAGGAAGGCCUACAAGCAGGUGUUCAAGUGCCAUGUGUGUGGCAAGUCCUCCCUCAGCAACGCCAAAGAAAACAGAAGUCGAUUGGACACCCCACCAUCCACCAACUGCACGCACGUGUGAAGGAAGAUGAGGAGAAAAUCCUUGGAGAGGAUGGGAUUCUGAGCCUCAUGCUUGCUGGCCGUGGAGAGCAGUGGUGUGUAUGUGGAUGUGAGUAUUUUAAAGAACAGCCUAAGUCCUGUGUGUGGAAAUCUUUUUGCAUUUUAUUCAAAUACAGUGGCAGAGACGUCAUAUCCUGACAAUGAUACCUCAUGUGCUUGUGGAGCUUGAAGUUGCAAAUACCAGAUCAGCUUCUGUACACACAGCACUGCUGGAGGCCUCGGGACCUGUGUGGAUGACAGCAGCUUCCUGUGCCAUGGCUGUCUGUCCCCUUGUUUCCUCUUCUGAUUUCUACGCACACACACAUGGAAGUGUUUUAAAAAUGUUUAUGUUUCUAAGACACAGGGAAAAUGCUUCAGCACAAUGCAUUGACCCACACCAUGCCUUCUUCAGUCCCUCCCAGAUGCCGUUGGUGCCACGGAAGCCAAAGGCUCAGUGCCGGAGUGAUAACUUGCCUGAGAACCCCCAGUUUGCUGAGUUGAUAAUGCACUUCAAUUCAUUUUAUAGUUUUAAGGUAUCCUUCCCGCCCACCGCCGUUUCAGUCCAUGCAUCUCAUUCAGAGUUUAGGUUGUUUACUUCUAUAGCAAAUUUUGAUCCUGAUGAAAACUUCCAUCCUGCAAAGAUCUAAACCUACGUUUUCCAGAGAACUUGUCACAGACUCCUAUUCCCAAGGAGCAUCUGAGGCGUGCGUGCCUUUCCUAGGUGGCUGCCUUCCUAAUGCCCGAUGUGGUGAUCCAUUCAGAAGCACCCUGUUUUCUUCAGAAAGGACAGAUGGCAGCCAACACGCUUUUUUUUUCUCCAGCCGCCAGGCUCAGGGAGAAGCACUGCGUGUGCCUUUGACGUCAGCUGCUUGGAAACCUGAUUUUUCAGUGAACUUCAAAUCAAAGGGAUAGUUCCUCCUUAGAUUUGGCUGCCUCAGUGCCAAGGCAGUGGUUGCUUUUCAGGGCAUUUUGCUUCCACGCAGGGAGACAGGCUCUGGAAUAUGCAAGUGCUUGCUGCUUUAUGAAUAAGCCCCAGUUUCAGCUUCCUACUGAUGAAUACAGGGACAAGGCCGGAAAGGCUCUCUGGUCCUGUGCUCCCAGGAGGAACCUUAAAAAGAUCCUCUCUCUCCUAUUCUGGCCUUGCAUGUGCUCAGCAACGUGGGUGGAGGCUGUUUCCUGCACAUUUUAGGUAAAUAUGUUUGCUGUUAAUAAAAUUGAACUGCACGUUAGGAUGAAAGCACCAUUUUCCUCGUCUACUUCCCACUGCCCCCCAACUUGGUAUUGUGCUUCGCUGGUAAUUUGCUUCUACCUGGACCUCCUCACUCAGAUACCCACCACAGGAAAAUUCCUGUUCGGCCUCAGCUGGGAUGAGUUAGAGCCGAGAGGAGGGCUGACAGCUGAACUGCAUGAGUCACACUGACGAAGGCUUCGUGUGACUAAGCUCUACACUGUGAUCUCACGGGUGAUUGCAUUUGCCUGGCAUCUCAGAUACCUUGAGACAAGGCAGUAAUAAUUCUGACGGGUUAAUUGAACCCCCAAGGCCAGGCUUCUUCUGAGCAGGACAGGACAAUUUAUCUGAACAUCCGUUUCCUUCCCUCAAGUUCUGAAACGCUGGUGUUGAGGCAGCGUACACGCAGAACACCCAGAAAGUAACGUAUUGUUAGCUUCAUCAUGCUCUUGCUUGAAGGGGUUUAUUAAAUGCACAUACAUAAACCACAGUCGUGUAAAUUGGGUAAAUAUAUCAAUGUCUGCUUCCUCUGGAAACAUCUACAUUUUGUAAAUGUUGCUCUAUGCUGGUUGAGAAUAUCCCCCAGGCUUUACAUUUGUGAAUAGCUUAUAUUUCUCUUGGUCAUUAAAAAAAAUGUUGGAUGUUAGGUUAUUUGUCAAGUAGAUGUUUGUGGCUUUGUUUAAUGACUUGUUUGUUUUAACAACAAGUGAUUUCUGGGGUGUGAGGUGUGGGUGGAGGUGGAAGAAGGCAUAGAGAAAAUAAGUGGUGAUGAAAAAGUAAAAUAAAAUAAAAUAAAAUAAAAUACAAAUACAAAUACAAAUAAAAAACUACGUAGAGAAAUAGUGGGUGGCCUAGCAUGCUGAUGGUUACUUGAUGCCUUGAAAAGAAAAAAAUAUACCGAACGAUGAUUUUAUCUGAUUCUAAUUGGUACUGUACUUUGAUAUUUUCUCCUUUCGAAGUGGAAAAAUUGAGCCUGAGGAACAAUUUGAGAUGCUUGAGGCCUCCUUGGUGUG